AAUUGUGAAAGCAAAUUGAGAAAAUGUUGAAAAGUCUGUAUUCCGCAAUAUUAUUAAUAACAAUUUCAACAAAAGGUUUUACCUCUGGACAAUCACUAACCAACGCUAUACAUCGCACACAGGCUGCGAUAGAACGUGUGAAUGAUUUGUGGUGCUAUGAGUGUGACACAAUGGACAAUGGAACUGCCUGUGUGGAUGCGCUGGGCUCAAAUACGACAAUAUAUAAUAAGAAAUGUAAAGGAGAAGAGUUCAUAUGUAUGGUGAAGCGCUUUUCUUACACAUUAAGCACUGAAAAUUCCACAAGUUCUCCGAAAAUGUGGUCUCUCAAUAGACGUUGUACGGUAGUGUGUGAACCAGGUUGCAUUGUUAUUGGAGAGCGAACAAAACUAUAUGCCUGCACUUCAUGUUGUGAGAAAUCGUUGUGUAAUACUGGCCGAGGGGCAGCAACAAGUACGUUGCAUCGUGUAGAGACGGGGAUAGGAACUGUAAUAUUUUUAACAUUGCACGUCUUAGCUAUGAUAACAUAUCAAAUAAAUUUGUAAAUAAAAUCUUUAUUUUAAAUUAAGACAACUAUAUCUGCCAAAUGGUGUCUUGUCGGACACAUCAAAACUCCUUUUAAAUUUAAUUACAAUUAAUAAUUAGCGAUGUAUAGAUAAUUGUUUCUCCUAAUAAACUCUUGUGAUAUAAAUCAAAA